GGAGCUUGUUGGGUGUUGUGCAGAUGAUUGAAGGUGGUAAACAAUACAUGGGAAUUACCGAACCACUAAGUUUAAGGGCUUGUGGUGAAGCCGCUGUCAAACAUACCCAAGACCUGGUUGAAUAUUUACAGAGCAUGAAUGUAUUUGAGACUGAUGAGGGUAUGACUAAGCGGAUGAUAGUUCUGAAAGAACUAAACACAAUAUUUAAAUUAUGGGUGAUCGAAAGAAGUUUAGAAAAGGUUAGUUUAUAUUCUUGACAGUAGAACAUUCCUGUGGAGAUUGCCCAAAAUGCAGGGGGAAAGUUAUUCACCUUUGGUUCAUAUCGCCUGGGAGUGCACACGCGUGACGGGGAUAUUGAUAUUCUAUGUGUGGCCCCCUUCUUUGUGGACCGAACUGAUUUUUUCACUUCCUUUUAUAAUUUGUUGGCCGAACAGCCCGGUGCAAUUGAAGAUGCAUUUGUGCCUCUGAUCACUCUGCAGUACAACGGUGUGCCCAUAGACUUGUUGUUUGCCUCAUUGGCCUCCUCCUCUGUGGGAGAAGACCAGGAAUUGAGAAAUCAAUCUAUACUUAAAAAUAUUCACCACAAGUGUGUGGUAUCUUUAAACGGGUCCCGAGUGACUGACCAAAUAUUGUCACUUGUGCCUUGCCCCCAUAAAUUCAGACUUUUCUUGCGAGCGAUAAAGUUAUGGGGAAAAAGUAUCAAUAUCUUGCUAAUUGAAAGGACGUGGAUUGUAUUCUAA